AUGGAUGAUGAGGAUGGGAGAUGCUUACUAGACGUGAUUUGUGACCCUCAGGCCCUCAAUGACUUUUUACAUGGAUCCGAGAAGCUCGACAGUGAUGACCUCCUGGAUAACCCCGGGGAGGCCCAAAGUGCCUUCUAUGAAGGUCCUGGGCUCCACGUCCAAGAAGCUUCCGGCAACCACUUAAACCCUGAGCCCAGCCAGCCAGCGCCCAGCGUGGACCUCGACUUCCUAGAAGAUGCCAUCCUGGGCUCGCCCUCGGCGGGGGGCGGGGGCGGGGGCGGCGGGGGCACCGACCAGCCCUGCGACAUCCUCCAGCAGAGCCUCCAGGAGGCCAACAUCACCGAGCAGACCCUCGAGGCCGAAGCCGAGCUGGACCUGGGCCCCUUCCAGCUGCCCACACUGCAGCCCGCGGACGGCGGGGCCGGGGCGGCCAGCGCAGCGGGGGCAGCGGCCGUGGCCGCGGGGCCGCAGGCCCUCUUCCCUGGCAGCACCGACCUGCUGGGGCUGCAGGCACCGCCCACCGUGCUGGCCCACCAGACCCUGAUGCAGUCCCAGGACAUGGUCAACAAGGCUCUGAGCGUGCAGCCCUUCCUGCAGCCCGUGGGCCUGGGCAACGUGACCCUGCAGCCCAUCCCGGGCCUUCAGGGCCUGCCCAACGGCAGCCCCGGCGGCGCCACCGCGGCCACACUCGGCCUGGCACCCAUCCAGGUGGUGGGCCAGCCCGUCAUGGCACUCAACCCGCCCACCUCCCAGCUCCUGGCCAAGCAGGUACCCGUCAGCGGCUACCUGGCGUCAGCGGCUGGCCCCUCGGAACCGGUGACCCUGGCAUCGGCCGGCGUCUCGCCCCAGGGGGCCGGCCUGGUGAUCCAGAAAAGCCUGCCCGCCGCCGUGGCCACCACGCUCAACGGGAACUCUGUGUUCGCCGGGCCGGGGGCUGCCACAGCCGCAGCGGGCGGGGCGCCCUCGGGGCAGCCGCUGGCCGUGGCCCCCGGCCUAGGGGCGUCGCCGCUGGUGCCAGCGCCCAACGUGAUCCUGCACCGGACGCCCACGCCCAUCCAGCCCAAGCCUGCCGGCGUGCUGCCCCCCAAGCUCUACCAACUGACGCCCAAGCCUUUUGCACCAGCGGGUGCCACGCUCACCAUCCAGGGCGAGGCAGGGGGCCUCCCGCAGCAGCCCAAGGCCCCCCAGAACCUGACUUUCAUGGCGGCGGGCAAGGCGGGCCAGAACGUGGUCCUGUCGGGCUUCCCGGCACCUGCCCUGCAGGCGAAUGUCUUCAAGCAGCCCCCUGCCACCACGACGGGCGCUGUGCCGCCCCAGCCGCCCGGGGCCCUGAGCAAGCCCAUGAGCCUUCACCUUCUGAACCAGGGCAGCAGCAUCGUCAUCCCGGCCCAGCACAUGCUGCCCGGCCAGAACCAGUUCCUGCUGCCUGGCACGUCGGCCGUCCAGCUGCCCCAGCCACUCUCCGCUCUGCCGGCCAACGUGGGCGGGCAGAUCCUGGCGGCCGCCGCCCCCCAUGCGGGUGGACAGCUCAUCGCCAACCCCAUCCUCACCAACCAGAACCUGGCCGGCCCGCUGAGCCUGGGCCCCGUGCUGGCCCCCCCCUCCGGGGCCCACAGCGCGGCCCACAUCCUCUCGGCCGCCCCCAUCCAGGUGGGCCAGCCGGCACUCUUCCAAAUGCCUGUGUCCCUGGCCGCCGGCAGCCUGCCCACCCAGAGCCAGCCGGCCCCCGCCGGCCCCACUGCCACCACCGUGCUCCAGGGAGUCACCCUGCCGCCCAGCGCCGUGGCCAUGCUCAACACCCCCGACGGCCUGGUGCAGCCGACCACGCCUGCCGCCGCCCCCGGGGAGGCCGCGUCCGUCCUCACGGUGCAGACGGCCCCCCAGGGGCCCCCCGCUGUCAGCACGCCACUGCCUCUGGGCCUCCAGCAGCCCCCGGUGCAGCAGCAGCCCCCGCAGGCGCUGACCCCCCAGGCCGCCGUCCCGUCUCAGGCCGCCACCCCCCAGCCCAGCCCGGGCCUGGCCUCCAGCCCUGAGAAGCUAGUCCUGGGGCCGCCACCCGCUGCCGCCCCCACGGCCAUCCUCACUCAGGAUUCCAUGCAGAUGUUCCUGCCCCAGGAGAGGAGCCAGCAGCCCCUCCCCGCAGAGAGCCCCCACCUCUCCGUGCCCGCCUCGGUCAUAGUCAGCGCCCCGCCUCCCACCCAAGACCCGGCCCCGGCCGCCCCCGUCGCCAAAGGAGCCGGCCUCGGCCCUCAAGCCCCCGACAGCCAGGCCUCCCCGGCUCCGGGCCCCCAGGUAGACGCACCUGCAGCCUCUCCACUGAGAGGGUUCAAACCACCAACCUCUCCGUCAGCACUGAACCGUUGCACCACCAGGGCUGCUUCUUUUCUGUGCUUAGACAAGCAACGUCAGCUGGCUCGUGACUGCUGGCUGGCGGGGGGCCCCCUACGCCUGCCACGCUGCCGCUACUUUCCCGCUGCUGUCCCCCCCUUGCAGGGCUGCCUUCAUGGGGGGACCUCUGUCAGCCUGGGGCCCCUCGCCAGCCCCACUGCCUCUGUGCUGGUCAGCGGGCAGGCCCCGUCCGGGACCCCCACCGUUCCCAGCCACGCCCCUGCCCCGGCACCCAUGGCCACCGCAGGCCUCCCUCCUCUGCUUCCUGCCGAGGGCAAAGCCUUUGCCAGCAACCUCCCGACCCUGAACGUGGCCAAGGCCGCCCCGUCCGGGCCAGGGAAGUCCUCCGGGCUGCAGGGGGUCCGUGAGACCCAACAGACACGCUUAGCGGCCGGCAACACGUGCUUCAGCAGUGCGGGCUUUUCCUGUUUCCUGGAGCAUUUGCACAAACAUCAGGGCUCCGUCCUGCACCCCGACUACAAGACAGCCUUCCCCUCCUUUGAGGACGCCCUGCAUCGCCUCCUGCCCUACCACGUGUACCAGGGUGCCCUCCCAUCCCCCAGCGACUACCACAAAGUGGACGAGGAGUUUGAGACGGUCUCCACGCAGCUGCUGAAACGCACCCAGGCCAUGCUGAACAAGUACCGGCUCCUGCUCCUGGAGGAGUCCCGGAGGGUGAGCCCCUCGGCGGAGAUGGUGAUGAUCGACCGCAUGUUCAUUCAGGAGGAGAAGACCACCCUUGCCUUGGACAAACAGCUGGCCAAGGAGAAGCCAGCAGCCCCCGCCGCGCCCCUGCACAGGCCCGACGCCUACCCGCCCUCGAGUCACAACGGCGGCCUUGGCGCCAGGACGUUGAAUAGAUAA